UCGGACAGUCUGUGAGGGAACCUAACAGAGAAGGGAACUGGGAGAGGGUGACUGAAGAGCAGAGUCAGCGCAGACCAAGCCCAAGAAGACACAUCUGCACGGAGGGGUUUACAGUUAGUCCGGUUUGGAUGUAUCGGAAUUCGAAAUAGAAUGGAUGAAUGUAAGAUUUUUUCAGUUUUGUUUGGAGCUGCAUACUUAUCUUUCAUUUUUGUUGAAAAAAAACACGUUUUUUCCCGAAAAUUAUGUCAAAAAUAAAUGGAGCAACGCGUUGACUCAGAUUUUCUAGACACCAUCCCUUUUUACUCCACAUUCCAGAAAGGGAUUCUUUGGUUGAAGUCAUGCGCGUCCAUGAUAUACUGUAAUGGCAGAACUCGAAGUUUUCAGAAAUCUCAGUCUAGAAAAAGUCGAGCGAUGCAUGAGUGCCAUGCAGUCCGGGACUCAGAUGGUCAAGCUGAAGAAUGGUUCUAAAGGCUUGGUCCGUCUAUUCUACCUGGACGAGCAUCGCUCCUGCAUCAGAUGGAGGCCCUCCAGGAAAAGCGAGAAGGCUAAAAUCACCAUCGACUCACUCUACAAGGUCACAGAGGGGCACCAGUCCGAUAUCUUCCACCGGCAUGCCGAGGGAAGCUUCGAUCCUGCUUGUUGCUUCACCAUUUACCAUGGAAACCAUAUGGAAUCAGUCGACCUGGUUACCUCCAAUGCCGAGGAGGCCCGCACCUGGGUGACCGGCCUAAGGUAUCUGAUGGCAGGCAUCAGCGACGAGGACUCGCUGGCGAAGAGACAACGCACCCAUGACCAAUGGAUGAAGCAAACAUUUGAGGAAGCCGAUAAGAAUGGUGAUGGCCUUCUGAACAUCGAUGAGAUGUACCAGCUCCUACACAAAAUGAAUGUGAACCUGCCUCGUAGGAAAGUCAAGCAGAUGUUUCAGGAAGCAGACACAGAUGACCAACAAGGCACCCUCUCAUUUGAGGAGUUCAGUGUCUUUUAUAGGAUGAUGUCCCUACGCCGUGACCUCUACCUGCUGCUCAUGUGCUUCAGUGAGAAGAAAGACCACCUCACAGUAGAGGAGCUGGGCAACUUCCUAUGUGUGGAGCAAAAGAUGCCAAAUGUGACAGGGGACUACUGCCUGGACAUCAUUGAUAAAUUUGAAACCUUAGAGGAGAAUAAGCAGAAAGGAAUUUUAGGCAUUGAAGGGUUCACCAACUUCAUGCGUAGUCCAACAUGUGACAUUUUUAAUCCCACACAUCUGGAGGUGAACCAGGAUAUGGAUCAGCCCCUGUGUAACUACUUCAUCGCAUCGUCCCACAACACCUACCUGACCGGAGACCAGCUCCUCUCCCACUCCAAGACGGACAUGUACGCCUGGGUGUUGCAGGCCGGCUGCCGCUGUGUUGAGGUGGACUGCUGGGAUGGCCCAGAUGGAGAGCCUAUGGUGCAGCACGGCUAUACGCUCACCUCUAAGAUCACCUUCAAGUCUGUUGUAGAAACUAUCAACAAGCAUGCCUUCAUCAACAAUGAGUACCCGGUCAUCCUGUCCAUUGAGAACCACUGUAGUAUCCAGCAGCAGAAGAAGAUUGCCCAGCACCUGAGGGACAUUUUUGGGGACAAGCUGGACGUGGAGGCGGCUCUGAGUAAAGACCCAAAGCAGUUGCCCAGCCCCAACAGCCUGAGGGGCAAGAUCCUCAUUAAGGGUAAGCGUCUGCCCACACACCUGUCAGAGGAUGCGGAAGAGGGGGAGGUGUCAGAUGAAGACAGCGCCGAUGAGAUUGAAGAUGACUUCAAACUGAGAAACAGCACCAGCAACAACCUAAGUCAACACCAGGUGGAAUCCCACAUCAGGAAGAAACUGGAUUCUCUUCUGAAGGAGGCAAAGAUCGGCGACAAGGAGGACACAGACAGCUUCUCCAUCCGCGCCCUUCUGCGUGCCACUCACGAGGGACUCCACAGGAACCUCGGAAAGAACUCCAAAGAAGGCUUGAAGAAAUCCCAUAGUCGGUCUUUCAUCAGCGGCAUCAAACCCAAGAGGAAUUCCAGGUCCAGACUGAAGUGUCAGAGUGUGGACACGGAUGACGAAGGGAAUCAGGACGUCUAUGGGAGGGAGUUAGUGGGAAUGCCCAACAGAGCUGGCCGGCGGCGGAAGACCAUAAAGUUGAGCAGAGAUCUGUCUAGUCUGGUGUUGCUCACCAACUCUCUGGCCGAACAUGAAGAUCUAGAAGAGGGUGGCACAGGGAAUGUACUGUCCUUCAGUGAGACGAGGGCACAGCAGCUUGUCCACCACAGGGCAGGAGAGUUCCUCCGCUUCAACCAGCUGCAGCUCUCUCGCAUCUACCCCUCGGCCUACCGCAUCGACUCCAGCAACUUUAACCCACAGACCUACUGGAACGUGGGCUCCCAGCUAGUGGCUCUGAACUACCAGACAGAGGGUCGAAUGAUGCAGCUGAACCGCGCCAAGUUCAUGGUGAACGGCGGUAGUGGCUAUGUGCUGAAGCCUGAACCAAUGUGCAAAGGAUCCUUCAAUCCAUUUUCUGAUGACCCACUCCCAGCGUAUCCCAAAAAGCAACUGCUACUUAAGGUCAUUAGUGGACAACAGCUCCCCAAGCCACCUGACUCCAUGCUGGGGGACCGGGGAGAGAUCAUUGACCCUUUUGUGGAGGUGGAGAUCAUUGGUCUUCCAGUGGACUGCUGCAAAGAGCAGACACGUGUGGUGGAUGAUAAUGGGUUUAACCCAGUGUGGGAGGAGACCCUGUCCUUUACUCUGCACAUGCCAGAAAUGGCACUGGUACGGUUUCUUGUUUGGGACCACGACCCAAUUGGACGAGACUUUGUCGGUCAGAGAACCGUAGCAUUCAGCAGCCUUAUGCCAGGUUACAGACAUGUUUACCUGGAGGGCCUUACAGAGGCAUCCAUCUUUGUUCACGUCACAGUGCAUGAUGUCUAUGGAAAGUGGAGUCCCCUAGUCCUCAACCCCAGCUAUACAAUAAUGCACUUUCUAGGAGCUAAUAAGAAUCGUCAGCUGAAAGGUAUCAGAGGCCUGUUUAAUAGGGGUACAACAAAGACAUUGGUGGACACCGGACUGCCCGUGCGAAAACGUUCCCUUAGCGAUCACCUCCUGCGGCGCACAGCAAGUGCCCCUGCCAAGGGCCGAAGGAAGACCAAAAUGACUCUGUCUGAAGUGACAGAGGAAAGGAAGUACAGCACCGGCGAAGCCUUGCAAGCACAGGAAGUGGCAGUGGGCCGUCGGAGCAGUCCUCGCGCUGCUCUACAGCACAGGCCGGUCUCCAUGCCCCUAGAGAGGCUACUGCAGGGCCAGCUAAAUCUGACGUCCCCAGACCAGGAGAGGCCUGAUCCAAUCACAGACACCCUCAUUGAUUUGGUGCACUUUGAACGCCCCAGAUCCAACUCAGUUGAUCUCCUCAUUGAAACCACACCAUCACACAACUCUGAUUCCACUGCAGUUGGCAAGAUCCUAGGACCAGACGAAAUGAGCAAUACUGCAUAUCUGGUCAUUGGAGAUGGACAGAGAAAUGUAGAUGAUCCCAACACAGACCCUUCAGUGGACUGUGUCACUCAUCAGAGCAAUGCCGAGGAAGUGCCAAUUCCAUGUGGCUCUUCACCUGUCCCAGGAAGCAGCUCAGCCUCCCAAAUAGAACCAGACUGCCCAGAAAAUGUGUCUUUUAGCCCAGUGAAUCACAAACCUUCUCUUUCUUCGCCUUCACCUCUUGCAGUGGACCAGUAUGACCAGCAAAGUCAGCUUUCUUUUCAGGACAGUACCAUCUCAAGGCUUAUUGAUGCUGUUUCCUUAGGCAAUGAGUAUGACACUUGUGGAUCUAUAUCAGCCUUGAUUGGUCAGUUUGAACUCACAAUGGAACAUGGGACCCCUAAGACAGAAUCAGGACAAUCAAUCUAUUGCCCCCCUCUCUUCAAUGUAACCCCAAAUAUACAGAAAAUAUCCCACAACCAUAAUAAAGGCAACACUCUCGAAAGCACAGACACUUUACGUAGCCCUCUCAAAGCUAUCCCAAGCUCACAAAAACAUGCUUCCCCUAAGAAAGUCAGCCAGGACACUAUUAGUCCAUAUAAAGUUCCAUUCUAUUCAGAACCUUUACUUCUCUCAAGUCCAGAGACCACAGAACCUGCAGUAUACACUAUUAUUGAUGAAGAGGUGCUGACUCCUGUUUCUGUAAGUAACCAGUUCAUUGGUGUGGAGAAGACCUUCCAAGAGAACUUACAUGAUAGAAUAGAUUCUUUCCCUACUAAACAGAAAGUCAAUGGAGAUCUCGAGGACAGUGAAUCCUGGGUGCAAGACAGAGAGGAUGGCCAAAGAGGCCUGUACCCCACCCUCAGAUCAGUCCAUACCUGGAAAGCAAAUGGCUACACCACCUCUGCCACUGCCAGUCCAAACUCUGACCACUUCCUUUUAUGUCAGGACUCCGCAAGUAGUAGUUUAAUGGAGGUAGAACUCAAUGUAGAUGAAGAUCCUCCAGAAACUACACAUUUAUUCCCAAGACGUGGUUAUAAUUGGAAUGGCCACAGCCUUACUAAUACCAUUUCUGCUGAUGUACACAGUGCCCAUUAUGCUUCCCCCCUGCAUGACAGACCCUCAAAUGGGCCCUCAACUCUUUACAAACCCACCCUCCAGCCCCUUCCCUUACACAGAUCUUCUGGUCAGCCCUCCCAGUUCACCCAACCACAAGGUUCUUCUGCUCUUUGCCAAGAUCGCUACCCAAUCAGCAGCGCAAGGACUGACUCCAACUACCACAUUACCACUGAUAGGACUUUCUCUAGAGGGUAUCAGCAGGCCUCUUAUGGGGGAUACACGACUAAUGGGAGACAUGGAAUGUCACAGGAAAGAGAUGAUGAGAGCUCCAGUCCCUUUCAUAAUAGAAAUUCAGAUGAUCUGCCUGAGCCCCAGAGACACAACUCCACCAUGGGCAGGGAUUUGUAUUCACCUAUCUCAGACUGUGAUAUUCCUUACAAUUACACAGACAAUGACUUUGCUUCAACCAAAUAUUCUCAGCACACCCAGGACCAAGCCCCCCUCCGCACAGAGCCCAGUUUAGCUCCACCACGGGUCACUAAAGCCCCAAGCCCAUGCAAGUCCAAGAGUCUGGGAGACCUGACAUCUGAGGAUAUCUCCUGCAACUUCCAAAGCAAGUACAAAGUCAUCAGCCGCAGCUUUAUCACGCCGUCCCAAAACAGCAGGAGGAUGGGCGGUCUGAACCAGCGGCCUCAAUCUGCGGACCCCUUGACGGAGCAACUACGCAAGCUGGUGACCUUGGAGCAAGAAGAGCGCCACCAGCCAUCACUCCCCUAUCCGAUCGCGCCCAAGCCCUUGCCAACAUCCUUGCCCACUCUUCACCCUUGCCCUGCCAGCUCAGCAGAGUUUGCGGACGAUCUGGAGGAUCCACCACCUCUUCUCAACCGCCGGCUCUCCUCUCGAAGUCAGAGCCGAGUGCGGCACAUCGCCAGCCGCGCCCGCGAGAAGCAGGAGGCGCUGAAGUCCCGGCCGGCUGCCAACAGCAACCAAGUAGUGCUGCGACACAAGUCACCCGGCGCACAAAAUCCAGGGCCUAACAGGCACUCCACUGGCUCCUAUAUUGCGGGAUAUCUGGAGCAACUGGAGGACCGAGGUCUGCCUGAGGGGGCCUGUACCACUCUCCGGUACAGUUACGGCGAUCACUUCUACACAGAUAACUCGGCACUGACCACUGAUUCCUGUCUUCCCUCAGAACCCGAGGUCUACUUCCUGCUCAGACUAUGAUUUUCCUCAUAUGUGAUUUUAAGUAUAUGCCCACUCAACCUCCUGCUCAUGCUCUCAACGAGGGUUGUCAGCUGUUCAUUAAGACAGCAUGGUGUAAAUAUACCUGUUUUUAUGUGUGAAAAGUCCUGUCCUUUUGGCCUACAAGUUGUUUGUUGUGACCUUACUCAGAUUAACUGCUUUGAUUUUGAGUCAAAGGUGAUAUGAUGAGCAGUAUGGUCCUUGUCCUUUGAUCUUUCUCGUUGUGCUCUGAAAAUGUGUAUGUGCAUAAUUAUAAAUUUGGCUCCUAUUUUAAUAGAGCUGUACAGUCUUCCUAUGUCUUUUGUUCUGUUUGUAUAUACAAAUGUUGAGUUUUUAUUUAAAGCACCAUGAAGUCUUCUUUGUUUUAAUUACAAUGUUGACUAUGUUAGUAACGCAUGUUAUCAGUGAACUUGUCAAGCAUGACUAUGCACCGACUUUUAGAUGUUUUCAUGCUUUUGCACAGAUUAAAUUUUUUAACAUACUGGAUGCAAUACAUACUGUAGACAUGCUUGCUCUCUUUUAGUCAUGAGUUCAAUAAUGGCAACAAAGGAAUACAACAUAUUCUUAAACUAAUUUAAACUUUUAUUUUUCUAAUUGCUUUGAUACCAAAAGCAAAAACCAACCUUGUGUGACUUGUAUUUGUUACUUUUAAAAAGAAAACAUUGGUUUCAAGCUAGACUAACAUAUUUUUGGUGUAGAAGUACUGGUAUCGGAAUCUAAUGUUUGUAUUCGCACCUAAUGGGAAACUGAGCAUUUUCCUACCAAUGCAAUAAAAUCCUGAAAAAUUGAUGAAA